AUGUCGAAGCAAGCCGUUUUCACAGACAAGGCGCCUGCGCCACGGCCUGUCUAUAGCCAAGCCAUUAUCGCCAACGGCUUUGUCUUCUGUUCUGGCCAAACUCCAAAGGAUGUUAAUGGAAAGAUUAAUACGGAAGGCACUGUUCAGGACCGCGCACGUCAAUGCAUUGAAAACCUCGGUGCAGUUCUUGAAGCUGCGGGCUCCAGCUUCGACAAGGUCGUUGAGGUCAACGGUGAGUAA